CCAACUAUAUCCUCCAAUAAAAUGACCAAAAAAAACUCCCUCCAUUACCCACCAUUAUCAAUAAAGCUUUUUUGCUACAACACCAUUUUCCUCGAGUGAAGUGAGCCUUAUUUCUCUCCCUUUUUAGUCUCAAUGAAACCCCAAAAAGUCCAUUAUUACAAUGAUUAUAAAGCAAAGUGCAUAUGAACCACACUGUUACUAAAACAAACCCUAAAACCCCCAAACACACUUGUGUUGUAAUACAAACAAUGUUGCCCAUCAACUGCAUUGUCUUGUUCUUCCUCCUCUCCUCAUUUUUUCCCUUCACUAUAUCCACAUUCAACCUCACCUUUCCCAUCCCACAUCCCAAUCCCAACGAAGUUGCUCAAGAAGUUCAAAGGAGAGUAAAUGCUUCGAUUUCAAGGAGGGAAACCUUACAAACAACCCAAAAAGAUAUAUCCAGUUGUUUAACAGGUAACCCCAUUGAUGAUUGUUGGAAAUGUGACCCUGAUUGGCCUAACAAUCGACAACGGUUAGCCGAUUGUGCGAUCGGUUUCGGUCAAUACGCUAAGGGAGGCAAAGGUGGUGAGUAUUACAUCGUGACGGAUUCGUCCGAUGACGAUGCCGUGACACCAAAGCCAGGAACACUUAGGUAUGCAGUGAUACAAGAAGAGCCAUUGUGGAUUGUGUUCCCUAGUAAUAUGCACGUUAAGCUCAAACAAGAACUUAUAUUUAACAGCUAUAAGACAUUGGAUGGACGUGGGGCUAAUGUGCAUAUUACCGGCGGUGGGUGUAUUACUUUGCAAUAUAUCAGCAAUGUCAUUAUCCAUAAUAUACACAUCCACCAUUGUUAUCAAUCAGGUGAGGCAAAUGUAAGAUCAAGUCCAACACAUUUCGGGUGGAGAACAGAAUCAGAUGGUGAUGGGAUCUCCAUCUUUGGAGCAAAAGACAUAUGGAUAGAUCAUUGCUCCUUAUCACAUUGCAAAGAUGGGUUGAUUGAUGCAGUGAUGGGAUCAACAGGGAUCACCAUAUCAAACAAUUUCUUCUCUCAUCACAAUGAAGUGAUGUUGUUGGGUCAUAGUGAUGAGUAUGAGCCUGAUUCAGGGAUGCAAGUCACCAUUGCCUUUAACCAUUUCGGUGAAAAGCUGGUCCAAAGAAUGCCUAGGUGCCGACGAGGGUACAUUCAUGUGGUUAAUAAUGAUUUCACUCAAUGGGAGAUGUAUGCUAUUGGUGGUAGUGGAAACCCCACCAUUAAUAGCCAAGGGAACCGUUAUACUGCCCCUACUAAUCCCAAUGCCAAACAGGUAACAAAGAGAGUGGACACAGAUGAAGGAGAUUGGAAAGGGUGGAAUUGGAGAUCAGAAGGUGAUGUAAUGGUGAAUGGAGCUUUCUUUGUUGCCUCCGGUGAAGGUGUUGAGUUUAAGUAUGAAAAAGCUUAUAGUGUUGAGCCUAAAUCAGCUGUCCUCAUUGACCAACUCACCAUGCACUCUGGUGUUCUUGGAGUUGGCGGCAGGGACAACAAUUUGGGGAAGUGGAGCAGCGGAGUCAACGGCGAUGGAAGCGGUUUCGGCUCGGGUGAUGACGAAGACGAUGACUAUUCCGAUGACAUGUCGGGAAGCAACAUACCGUUAUCAACUGCAUUUUUACCUCUUUUCAUUGCAAUGUCAAGCUUUUUGUUGUUGUGUUUUGAAGCUAUUACAUCACCCAUGUUGUGACAAAGAGGACCAAGUUUAAAAUCACUUGGUUUCACUUCUAAAUUGUUGUACCAGCUUUCAAAGAAGAAGAAAAUGGCUGGCCUUCUCAUUUAUCUGAAUUCACCAAUUAACUUCCUCAA